AUGUCCUGGGUCGUGGUGAUACGGGGUGCCAUCCUGUUCGGGCUUGCCCUGGGCUGGGGUAGCGCGCAAACGUUUUGGUCUGCCACCAGCGAGGUAGAGGAAAUUGAUCCUUCCUGCUCAGUGCCGGGUCAGUCAGCCAUCUGCUCUGCUGAUUCGGUGGUGGUCAAAGAUGACAACAUCAACGUCUAUGAGCCGUUGGUGACGGGGAUGCUUAUCCCUGAUGCCCGCGCCUACCACUCGGCCAUUUCCGCCCACGAGCCCACAUCUAAUACUACCUUUCUGGUUCGUGACUCUCUCUUGCACAUUCCAUCACCACAUCGCGCCAGCCACGGGCCUCUUGGCGCCCACACUGCCAUCAUCUCGCUGUUGUCCGCCUGGCAGGUCAUCUUUGGCGGGUGUCAAGAUUCACUCACGGCCAACACGUCCGGUCACAACUCCGGUGGAGCCCUCAACGAUCUUUGGAUUUUUGACUUGCUCAAGCGUGCUUGGUUCAACGUGACGUUUGAGGACUCCUUCCUGAUACCGCGCCCCCGAUUUGCACAUGCCUGCUCGCCCACUUGUGCCAAAAACGCCAUGAUUUGCUUCGGAGGUCUGAUUCCACGAAAAGACAUCAGCUCUACCUGCGAACAUGGCGUUCCACGACCCCGGGGAGGCCUCGAUGCGGUCGAGUUUAGUGACGAGAUCUGGCUGCUUAUGGGGAGUGUGGCCAAUCAUCCGCGCCAGUGGUACUCAAUCUCACCCACCCCAAACAAGCCCGUGCCAAUGGCCCGGGCAGGCCACACACUCACCUCAACCUCGCGGGGACUGAUCCUUUUUGGUGGUGCGGGCCUCACCACGGACAAUGGGACCACCACCAUGGUGCCGCUCGCUGAUCUCUGGAUCUUGUCUUGCCCUGAUGCAAAUCACACCAAUUUCAAUCAGACGCAUCUCACCUGGCGUCGCCUCAACGCGACCGCACCCAAUGGGACCGACAUUCCGGCCCGCCACUCGCACACCGCCACGGUGGUGGCUACUGAUGUGGGUGGGGUUUACAAUGAGACGCUCAUCAUCUUUGGCGGCGCUGCCAAUACCGAGAUUCCCGUCGAGGCGAACAGCUCCUACUUCAAUGACAUCUGGGCUCUUAAUCUGGCUGAUCUAGAUAACCUUCAAUGGGUCAAGGUGGGAGCCGCCACCUUCGAGGGCGAACAACCCAUGCGCCGUCACAGUCACGUGGCCGCCGCCACACGAGAUAACUUUAUCUUCGUGCAUGGGGGUGCCUCGGGUGAUGGUGACCACCUGCGCGACUCCUGGCUGAUGGAUCCGACAGCCGAGGUGAUGCGCACUUGGACUAACCUCAGCUCAUGGUACUACCCAGGCAAUUCAGCCUUUACCUUCCUGACCUAUGCCACGCCACGCUACUUGGCCGACCGUGAUCGCUGGGGCCAUACAGCCACCAUGGUUGAUAGCGACCUGCAAAUGGCCGAGACCAUUCUCCUCUACGGCGGCUUUUAUGCCGAAGAAUACUACAGUUACACGACGACGGAUAUGACAGAGUAUUACCCGCGACCACAAAACAUGAACCUCGUCCUGUUUUUGCAGGACGAUUUUCAGGGCCCCUUUCACCGCGUGGAGCACACAACGCUGCGCUACGGUCGGCCCCGAAUGCAGGACCCAUCAGGGGAUGUGCUGUGUGAUUGCCUUGAUACCGAUUGGACCUGGAACAACCUCACUUAUCGCGGAUGCCAGCGUCCUUUGGGCAUGGAAGACUUUAUCUGCCCCGUGGGUGCUGCGUGCAGCCAGGGUAGCUGUUGGCCGCAAUAUGGUGGGGGCGACGCGCUUUGGAAUUUUUGCAACGACGACAAAAUGCUUCUAUUUGGUGGUCUCUACGACGGUGACGUUGAUCACCAAGCCAUCGCUGACGUUGCAGGUGUGGCUUGGUUGUACAACAUUGACGAGGGCAGCUGGAUGCUGGACGAAAUUGACCACACUGUUGACGUCAAUACCAAUAGUCCUGGCCCCAUUUAUCACUGUGUUUCAUUCUUUUGCUGUGCGUGUGGUCCACUUGGCUUCAAUUUUCUUAUUUGCGUGGUUUGCGCUGGUGAGCACAGGCAUAGCAUGGUGCGACUGUCCGGGUACACUCUCAAUGAACCAUUACCAAUUCCUGGCCUCGCCUACGGGAACCAUGACGCAUACGUCAUCUUUGGCGGCAAUUCAGCCGAUAUUAAUGAAAAUACGAUUGUGGGCCGCACGUUCAUGUACACCCCUGCACGGCUGGGCAUCACUGGUCAGUGGUCUGCGUUGGAAAACCACAUGGAUGAAUCCAUGGUCAAUGCCAAGCUGCCGCGUGCUGGGCAUGCUGCCGCCGUCCACAACUACCUUGAUCCCCAAAAGCGCGUGCAAUCGGAUAUGUAUGUCUUUGGUGGCUACUACAUGCGUGCUUGGGCUACACACGUCUCCAUCACGGGGCCUUCCAUGUUUCUCAAGUAUAACGUGCAUAGCCAGACCUGGUCGUCCCUCUCGAACAAUGCUAAAGCCACUCUGCCCCCUCCUCGCUUCUUCUCCACCCUUUUGACGUUUUCCGUCCCGUUUCCCAUGCUUGUCCUCUUUGGCGGCGAACAAGCGUUGUCCCGCCAAGGCACCCGUUUUCUCAAUGAUGUUUGGAUCUACGAUCUCAAAUCCGAGGCCUGGUUCAGUGUGAGUCCGCUCCCUGACCCCGUGCGUGGUAGCGUCGCACCGCGUGAAGGAUUUGUUGCCGUGGCUCACGGCACGAAAAUGAUCUUGUACGGCGGCAAGCGCCUCAUCAAUGGGACGCUCAUGUCCGAGGCAGCCUGCGCUGCUUCGUCAUUCACUUGCUCGUACUGCGAUCUGUGGGAGCUGGAUCUGUCCAAAAUGACCCGCCAGGCUCUUUUGAACAAUUCGGGUGCGGCCCAGUGGCGCAGUCUGCUGGAUGAUACAGAGUGCGACGACUUCCCUUCGCUACGACAUGCAGCUGGCGUGAUCUCUAGUGGCGCGUUGCACGUGUUUGGGGGAUUUCAGGGCACUCGUGGCGAGCCGUCCAGUCUUUUGUGGCGAACACGCCCUGGGUGCAUCAACGGGACGCAGUCGCACAGCUACUUUUUGGUAUCGUGUGAGCAUUGCCCCAAAUCCUCCUAUGCCACUGGCGAUGGUCAUCACUGUUGUUCGCCGUGCACUGAGUUCUUGUCCACCAACACCACCGGCGCAGAUUCGCCCGCCAUGUGCAACGUGUGUCGUCACGACUUUUGUAAUCAUCAUGGAACUUGCUCCCUCGUUGGUGGCGCCCCAGUUUGUUCUUGCACCUUUGGCUUCACGGCCUUGGACAAUUGCAAACAGCCGUGGUGGAUUAUUGGCGGUGCGCUCCUGAUUGCGACUUUGGUUGUCGGAGCCGUGGCUCGCUCACGCUGGGUGCAGUGGCAGCGCCACAAAAAGCUGCGCCGGGCCCAGCUGACACAGAUGCAGCGACAGCUGACUGAUGCUUCCAAGGGCUGGCUUAUCCGUGAGGAAGAGCUGGUCCUCGGUGAGCGCAUCGAUCGCCGGACACGGGGCAUGUACGGCGAGGUGUACCGCGCCAAGAUGGGUAACUUUGACGUGGCUGUCAAAAAGCUGAGCUCCCAGCUCAUGAUGCUCGAUGCCGAGAGCUAUACCGCCGAGUUUGAGCGCGAGAUUCAGUUUAUGCGAUCAGUCCGUCACCCCAACUUGGGCAACCUGCUCGUCACCAAUACCUACGUCGUCAAGGUGGCGGACUUUGGGACAUCCAAGUUGCUAGACCAAGCGCGAGAAGACAUGGUUGAUCUUGAUGGACGCAGUGGAGUUUCGCGCGGUUCCAACGCACGAUCGCGGCGGCGACAGCCAUCCCGCUCGGCCAAACCUCGUUCACAUGAGGCUGCUCGUGUGGGCAUUAAUGGCGAGGCCGAGCCGCUCCUGACAUCGGGCGUGUCGUCCUUUAGUCGAUCCCGGGAUGGGGAUAGCGAUGAUGCAACGAGCUUGGCUCGUUCGUAUACCAUGACUCGCGGUGUCGGAACACCGCUGUAUCAGGCCCCCGAGGUCCUCGAACGGCAAGACUAUGGCAUCAAGGUCGAUGUAUACUCGUAUGGAAUUGUCCUCAACGAGAUCUACACGCGCACCACACCGUUUUCCCAUCUGAUGGGGCCCGAUUCGCAUCCAUCUGCGCUAUUCAAGGCAGUGAUGGAGG